AUAAAUUUGUGAUCCAAUCAAUGCAUUCAGGAUACAAUUUUCUAGCAAAUCAGAACUCCAAGAUGGCUUCAAAAGUGAUUAUUGUGACUGGGGCGAGUCGUGGAAUUGGUCUGGCUGUUGCUAAGUACCUGCUGGAUGCCUCCCAUAAAGUUGUCCUUGUGUCGAGGACACAGAAGGAGCUUGAAGCCAUCAAGGCUCAAUACCCUUCACAGGUUCAGUUCCUGGCAGCUGAUCUGACAGACACCGAGGUAGCGCCGAAGAUAACAGAGCUUGCUGUCCAAUCUUUUGGCCGACUCGACGGCAUCGUCAUCAACCACGGCGUGCUCAUGCCCAUGCGACGUAUCGCGGACUCAACCGUGGAGGAAUGGAAGAAGAUCUACGAUGCGAACCUGUUCAGCGCACUUGCCCUGGUGAAAGCGGCAAUCCCGCUCUUGCGGACAUCCAACGGGCGUGUCGUCUUCACAUCCUCUGGAGCAGCACUCGGUGGCUAUACUGCCUGGGGCGCAUAUGGGUCAUCCAAGGCUGCCCUGAACUCUCUGGCACUGCACAUUGCGGUGGAGGAACCCGAUAUCGCCGUGGUCUCGGUUGGCCCCGGUAGGGUUGACACCGAGAUGCAAAGGGAGAUCCGCGAGCAGGGUGCUCCCGGUACUGCCAUGUCAACCAAGGAUCAUGAAUCCUUCGUCGCCGAGUUCGAGGGCGGCAAGCUCAAUAAACCAGAGUGGCCGGGGAAGGUCAUCGCCAAACUGGCCCUGGAAGCAAAGCCCGAACUUGCGGGGAAAUACUUCAGGUGGAACGGGCCAGAAUUGGCCGAGUAUCAGGAACAAUCUUGAGUCAGGCGGCAUACUAGUUAUUGUCUGGUCAGCAUGGUUUCCUCGUGGAGAACAAGAAAAACAGACAGGCUUGACAAGGUAGGCUUCAGUCGAAAGAUGAAAAGGCUUUAUGAAUUUCCACAUGGGGAUUCAGUAUUAGCAUGGAAUAAAGUAUCGCAUCACGAGCCACCUUGAAACACUGCAUAUAAUGUGAGAAAGCACCAACCUUACAG